AUGAUGUCCGAGAGGGCUUUGUUGAAGGAGCGCUACCAGGAGGUGUUGGACAAACAGAGGCAAGUGGAGAAUCAGCUGCAGGUAGAGCUUAAGCAGCUCCAGCAGCGGAGGGAAGAAGAGAUGAAGAACCACCAGGAGAUCCUGAAAGCAAUUCAGGAUGUUACCAUCAAGCGAGAAGAGACAAAGAAGAAGAUGGAGAAAGAAAAGAAAGAAUUCUUGCAGAAAGAGCAGGAUCUGAAAGCAGAAAUUGAGAAACUCUGUGAGAAGGGCAGAAGGUUGCUGAAAGAGCAGGAGGAGAAGGAAAACAAGAUUGCCUCUCUGAUUGCAGAGCAGUCUGAUGAAAAGCAGCUCUGGGAGAUGGAGCUGGAUAAGCUGAAGAACCAGCACAAUGAGAUCAACAGGAACAUUCUUGAGGAGACAGAACGGGCCUGGAAAGCAGAGAUCCUGUCCCUGGAGAGCCGAAAGGAGCUGCUGGUGUUGAAACUAGAAGAAGCUGAAAAAGAAGCAGAGCUGCACCUCACCUACCUCAAUUGUGCUUGCAGGUCUGCACCGCCCACGCUGGAGACAAUGAGGCCAAAGCAGGAGUGGGAGAUGAGGCUGAACAGGAUACGAAUGACCAAGGAAAGUGUCCGAGAUCAGUUCAAUGACCACAUUCAGAUGGUGAGAAACGGAACAAAGCUGAGCAGCCUCCCACAGAUCCCGACCCCGACGCUGCCACCUCCGCCCUCCGAAACAGAUUUCAUGCUGACGGCAUUCCAGCCCAACCCAUCCCUUACUCCCAGGCUCCCAUUUCCCAUUGGACCAGUUCCCGUUCCCAUGGUCAUGCCAAGCGCUGAUCCUCGGGCGCUCUCCUUUCCCCUCCUGAACCCUGCAAUCUCCAGGCCCAACCAGCCUUCCCCACCGCUGCCUGCUUCCCAAGGAAGAAACAGCCCAGUAGUGGCAUCGCUUAUUGGCACACACAGCCCUCACGUGGCUCCUGCCUCCUCCAUCCCUCCUCCACCAGGCCUGGGGGGAGUUACAGAGUCCCACGGGCCGCCCCCCGCCGAUAAGCUGGAAAAGCUGCUGGAGAAGUUGUUGACUCGGUUUCCACAGUGCAACAAGGCCCAGCUCACCAACAUCCUGCAGCAGAUCAAGACUGCUCGGAGGACCAUGGCGGGGCUGACCAUGGAGGAGCUGACCCAGCUGGUGGCAGCCAAGGAGCGAGCAGCAGCUGGGGCUCAGCCUCUCGGUCGAAUCAGGGCCCCCAUGUUCUCUGCCCCGCUGCCUCAGAUCAGCACACCCAUGUUCCUGCCCCCAGCCCAGGUGGCGUACCCUGGAACAGCAUCACACACCCCGGCUGCCUGUAAGCUGUGUCUCAUGUGCCAGAAGCUGGUGCAGCCUGGUGACCUUCACCCCAUGGCCUGCUCGCACGUGCUGCACAAGGAGUGCAUCAAAUUUUGGGCACAAACCAACACAAACGACACUUGCCCCUUUUGCCCAAGUCUCAAAUGAUGGCUACUCGAACAAAGCGGUCCCCCGGGAGGAGUUGCUGUGAAUAGACAGGAUCAGUUCUAAGAUUUCUACAGUUCUAUAUUUAUACGAUCAUGUAUACACAUGUACAUUUUUAUUAUAUAGGUAAUGUGUGUAUAGAAAGUCUGUAUACAUACAAAUUCAGAAAUAAAGUGUGUAUAUUAUGCAGUGA